AUGAUUUCAAUAUGUGAUGUAAUCGUUACGUUAUGCGUCUUUUUAGGACUAGCCAGUAACCAAUCGGCAGAUGCUUCAUGCGGCUCAGGUUCAACAUGUAUUAAUAUAAGGCAAUGUCCCGGUAUAUUCGAUCUUUUGGUGAACGAUCCAAGUAAUUAUUUACCAGAUUUCAUUACGCCUUUAAUAUGUGAAAACAACCGAAAAAGUCAGCCCAAGAUAUGCUGUCCAACCUUAUUCAAUGAUACUUCUCUAAUAUACAACAUGACGAAGUCGUAUCUGCCGAGUGAUAAAAUCUGUGGUAUUCAAAGUAAUGAUAGGAUAGUUGGAGGUCAAGAGACCGAACUGGACGAACACCCAUGGCUGGUGUUAAUUCGAUACGAUAAGCCAAAAGGAUGGGGUUUCUACUGUGCAGGAGUUCUUAUAACAUCAAGACACGUAUUGACUGCUGCUCACUGCUUGAAAGGCGCCGACUUACCGAGUACGUGGAAGUUAACACAAGUACGUCUCGGCGAGUGGAAUAUUUCGAGCGAGAGGGAUUGUCUCGAAAGGGAUUGUACCACGGGUAUCAUCGACGUCGAAGUGGCAGAGCAAAUACCUCAUGAAGCUUAUGACAAAUCAGAUGACCACCAACAAAACGACAUAGCCAUUUUGAAGCUAGCACGCGACGUUCCGUUUAACGAUUUCAUAAGGCCAAUUUGUCUUCCUCUAACGAAAGAACAACAAACGAAUUCAUAUGUUGGAUACGACAUGGAAGUAGCCGGUUGGGGCAAAACAGAAACAAAAACGAUGUCUGAAGUGAAGCUGAAGGCGAUAGUGCCCGUGGUGAACAGCACCACGUGUGCCAACGUGUACAAGAAAGCCAAUAGGAGGAUAACUGAGAAGCAGAUCUGCGCUGGAGGUCAGAAGGGAGUGGACUCGUGUCGCGGCGACUCCGGCGGCGCUCUUAUGGGCCAGAUGCGCUCGACCCAGAAUUGGAUAGUUGUAGGGGUGGUCUCCUACGGGCCAACGCCUUGCGGCACCCCCAACUGGCCAGGCGUGUACACGCGAGUCGGCUCCUACAUCGAUUGGAUCAAACGACACUUGAAC